AUGGGUGUGCCGAGAAACAAGGCUCUCAAGAUUGUUGAUAUCAGCGUGUGUGUCAACCCAGACAACGAAGGAAGUGGAGAAGGUCCUCAACUGACCCGCAAUCGGCCAUAUUCCCAAUCUGUGGCCGCCACCCAAUUGAAGGAGCUCCUUCCACAGUGGGACAUACCACACGCAACAGAGGCGCUGAACGUGAAGCUGAAAUAUUUUGCCUAUGAAGACUUGACAUCAUCAAAGGGUUUGGGAUCACUGUGGUCCAAGACGAAUAUAGGUGGUAUCCAAGCUUAA